CUGGCACCAUGUACCCGCUGUAACGCGCAGACCGCGCUGCGCGGCGGGGCGGGGGGAGGAGGAGGAGGACGCCGCGGUGAGUUCUCCGCCAUGAACCUGAGGGGCCUCUUCCAGGACUUCAACCCGAGAAUGCAGCCCUUCCAUCGGAGAGCUGGGAACACCAUGACACCAAGCAGACUGUGGCUGCCUUGACUUUGCAGAUUGUGUGUGUCACAGAAAUAGUCACUGUCAAUAGUCAAGGCAGGGGCCAUGACUCCAAAUCUCCUUUCCAGCCUUUUGAUCUUGUAAAUUCCUCAUCUAUGCCUGUCUACUGCUGUUCUCUGUGUUGCUGGCCCUUCGUCUAGAUGGCAUCAUUCAGUGGAGUUACUGGGCUGUUUUUGCUCCAAUAUGGCUGUGGAAGUUAAUGGUCAUUGUUGGAGCCUCAGUUGGAACUGGAGUCUGGGCACGAAAUCCCCAGUAUCGAGCAGAAGGGGAAACAUGUGUGGAGUUCAAGGCCAUGCUAAUUGCAGUGGGCAUUCACUUGCUGCUGCUGAUGUUUGAAGUGCUGGUGUGCGACAGGAUUGAGAGAGGCAGCCACUUCUGGCUCCUGGUCUUCAUGCCACUCUUCUUCGUUUCCCCUGUGUCUGUGGCAGCUUGUGUUUGGGGCUUUCGCCAUGACAGGUCACUGGAGUUAGAAAUCCUGUGUUCUGUCAACAUUCUCCAGUUUAUAUUCAUUGCCUUAAGACUGGACAAGAUCAUUCACUGGCCCUGGCUUGUCGUGUGUGUCCCCCUGUGGAUUCUCAUGUCCUUUCUGUGUCUGGUGGUCCUCUACUACAUCGUGUGGUCCGUCCUGUUCCUGCGCUCCAUGGAUGUGAUCGCAGAGCAGAGGAGGACACACAUCACCAUGGCGCUAAGCUGGAUGACCAUCGUCGUGCCGCUCCUCACUUUCGAGAUCCUGCUGGUUCAUAAGCUGGACGGCCACAAUGCGUUCUCCUGUAUUCCCAUAUUUGUCCCCCUUUGGCUUUCCUUGAUCACUCUGAUGGCAACCACCUUCGGACAGAAAGGCGGAAACCACUGGUGGUUUGGGAUUCGCAAGGAUUUCUGUCAGUUUCUGCUUGAAAUCUGCCCGUUUUUGAGAGAAUAUGGAAACAUCUCCUACGACCUCCACCAUGAAGGUAGUGAGGAAACUGAAGAAACACCAGUUCCAGAACCUCCUAAGAUCGCUCCUAUGUUUCGAAAGAAGACCCGGGUGGUUAUCACCCAGAGCCCUGGGAAAUACGUCCUCCCACCUCCCAAAUUAAAUAUCGAAAUGCCAGAUUAGACCGUGCUGCUCCCAGGGUAGAUCAAGAGUGCACCUGGCCCGCCCUCUUUUCCACCUUCUUCUGCCUCUCCAUUCACCCCCUCCCUCCCACCC